AUGCUGUCAUCUCUGGACAGAAAGACCACACUGCUGGGUUUUUACUAUGUCCUUCCAGGUAAAAAAGAUGCAUUGCUUUGUGGAUUUAGCAUUGGAGCUGGGCACUGCCCAGAGGGGUUCCAUUGCGAAAAAGCAGGACAAAAUCCAGACUAUGAUUACACCAGUUUUGACUCCUUUGGUUGGGCCUUUCUCUCUCUGUUUAGACUGAUGACGCAGGAUUACUGGGAGACUCUUUACCAGCAGACAUUGCGAGCAGCUGGGAAGCCCUACAUGUUCUUUUUUGUGCUGGUGAUUUUCCUCGGUUCCUUUUAUCUGAUCAACCUGAUCUUGGCUGUAGUAGCUAUGGCCUACGAGGAGCAGAGCCAAGCCACCAUAAAGGAGACGAAGGAGAAGGAGGAAGAGUUUAAGGCCAUGAUAGAGCAGCUGAAACAGCAGCAAGAGGACGCUCAGCUAGCAGCAACUGCAGAGGCUGCAGAGAGAGGCGAGGCCAGUGAUAAACCCAGUGGCCCGGAGAGCUCUUCUGACUCUAAGCUCAGCUCAAAAAGCGCCAAAGAGAGACGCAACAGAAGAAAAAAAAGGCAAGAUGAUGGCAAAGGGGAUGACAAGAAGGUCCCUAAAUCCGAGUCGCAGGACAGCAUUAAGAAAGGUCGCUGCCGCUUCUCUGUGGAUGCAAACCAGCUCAACUAUGACAUGAAAUGCUCACCCACGCAUCAGUCCUUUCUGAGUUUUCGUGGACCCAUGUUCUCAUCCAGACGGAAUAGUAGGACCAGCAUUGUCAGUUUCCGAAGCCAAGCGCAGGACGUGAGCUCAGAAAAUGAAUUUGCUGAUGACGAGAACAGCAUUUUUGAGGACACCCUAAGUCGAAGGGGCUCUUUGUUUUUUCCCCGGACUAGUGAUCGACGCAGCAGCAGUAUGAGCCAAUGCAGCUUCUUGUCGCAUCUCUUACUUCCACCAAAUGGGAUCAAGCACAGCUCUGUAGACUGCAAUGGGGUUGUGUCUCUGGUGGGUGGGAAUUCACAGCCACUGUCACCUGUGGAGCUACUUCUGCCCAAAGUGACGGUAGAUAUGGCCUUCACAGGAGACCACGCUGACACCACUGACACAGAAUACAGACCGGGUGGAGGAGCAGACCAUGAGUGUAUUGACUUCCUUGAUGGCCCAGAGGCUAGACAGAGAGCUCUCAGUACAGCCAGUGUCAUAACUAGCACAGUGGAAGAGCUUGAAGAGUCGAGGCAGAAGUGUCCUCCUUGCUGGUACAAUUUUGCCAACACUUUCCUCAUCUGGGAGUGUUGUCCGAGAUGGUUGAGGAUCAAGAGGAAGGUUAAACUAGUUGUGAUGGACCCCUUCACGGACCUAACCAUCACCAUCUGCAUUGUGCUCAACACAUUGUUUAUGGCCAUGGAGCAUCAUCCAAUAUCUAUCCAUUUCACCUGCAUGCUGCGUGUGGGAAAUUUGAUUUUUACUAGCAUCUUCACGGCAGAAAUGGUCUUCAAGAUCAUUGCUAUGGACCCAUACUAUUACUUCCAGGAGAAAUGGAAUAUUUUUGAUUCAAUCAUUGUCAGUUUGAGCUUGAUGGAGCUGGGCUUGGAAAACGUGGAAGGCAUGUCUGUUCUGAGAUCAUUCAGAUUGAUGAGAGUAUUCAAGUUGGCUAAAUCGUGGCCCACUCUUAACACACUAAUCAAGAUAAUUGGCAAUUCAGUGGGGGCUUUGGGCAAUCUGACGCUGGUGCUGGCCAUUAUCGUCUUCAUUUUUGCAGUUGUGGGCAUGCAACUGUUUGGAAAACACUACAAGGAGUGUGUGUGUAAAAUCUCUGACAAGUGCAUUCUGCCCCGUUGGCACAUGAACGACUUCUUCCAUUCAUUUCUCAUUGUGUUCCGAGUGCUUUGUGGAGAGUGGAUAGAAACCAUGUGGGACUGUAUGGAGGUGGCUGGGACAGCCAAGUGCAUCACUGUCUACAUGAUGGUCUUGGUUAUCGGAAACCUUGUGUUGCUGAAUCUGUUCCUGGCCCUGCUGCUGAGUUCAUUCAGUUCUGAUAACCUCGCGGGGGUAGAAGACGACACGGACAUGAACAAUUUGCAGGUUGCCAUUGGAAGGAUUCACAAUGGCAUUGCCUUCGUCAAGUCCCUGCUUCGAAGCAGCUGCAAUAGUGUCUGUCUCAGGAGGAAGAAGAAAAGGAAGGGUGAAGACAAAACCCUGGAUGAGCUCCACAGACCUUUAGGGCCAAAUGGUGUACCCAACCAUACCAUCAAAGACUUUUCUAAGAAUGGAAAUGGGGAUGUGACCGGAGUAGACAAAAAUGGAGACAAGUACAUAGUCAGUAGCAAGAGUGAUGAUUCCAUUAUGUCUUUCAUUCACAACCCUAGUCUGACUGUCACUGUUCCUAUUGCUCUGGGAGAAUCAGACUUUGAAAACCUCAACACAGAGGACUUCAGCAGUCUCUCAUCUGAUAUAGUAGUAUGCCCUGAGAUUGUGGAAGAGGAUGACCAGGUCAGCUCCUCAGAGGGGAGUACAAUAGACGGUUUGCCAGGCGGGGAGGGAGUAGAGUCUGUGGACUUUGAUUCAGAAGAAUUUGCUGAACCUGAUGCCUGCUUUCCUGACAGGUGUGUGCGAAAGUACCAGUGUUGUCAAGUAAAAGUGGAAGUGGGCUGGUGGAAGGUGUGGUGGACGCUUAGAAAGACUUGUUUCCGGAUCGUGGAGCACAACUGGUUUGAGAGCUUCAUCAUUUUCAUGAUCCUGCUCAGCAGUGGAGCACUGGCAUUUGAGGACAUCUACAUUGAGCAGAGGAAGACCAUUAAAACGAUGUUGGAGUUUGCGGACAAAAUCUUCACCUACAUCUUCAUUCUGGAGAUGUUACUGAAGUGGGUGGCCUAUGGAUAUGCCAAGUAUUUUACAAAUGCCUGGUGCUGGCUAGACUUCCUCAUUGUCGAUGUCUCAGUGGUCAGUAUGGUAGCCAAUGCCAUGGGAUAUUCUGAACUUGGUGCCAUCAAGUCUCUGAGAACCCUUCGAGCUCUAAGGCCACUGAGAGCCCUUUCUCGGUUUGACGGCAUGAGGGUGGUGGUCAAUGCCCUGCUUGGAGCAAUUCCUUCCAUCUUCAAUGUGCUGCUGGUUUGUCUCAUCUUCUGGCUCAUCUUCAGCAUCAUGGGAGUAAACUUAUUUGCGGGGAAGUUCGGCUAUUGUGCCAACAAAACCUCAAAUGAAGAGUUCCCUAUAUCAAUGGUGACAAACAAGUCAGAAUGUGAAAAAAUGGCCAAUGCUCGUUGGAAGAUCCACAAAGUCAACUUUGACAAUGUUGGUAUGGGAUACCUUGCAUUGCUUCAAGUGGCUACAUUCAAGGGCUGGAUGGAAAUCAUGUAUGCUGCUGUGGACUCUCGAGGCAAGGAUGAACAUCCAGAUUAUGAGAACAGCCUGGAAAUGUACUGGUUUUUUGUUGUUUUCAUCAUAUUUGGAGCCUUCUUCGCUCUCAAUCUCUUCAUUGGUGUCAUCAUAGACAACUUCAAUCAGCAAAAGAAAAAGUUUGGAGGUCAAGACAUCUUCAUGACUGAAGAACAGAAGAAAUACUACAAUGCCAUGAAAAAGCUGGGGUCAAAGAAACCACAAAAGCCUAUUCCUAGACCAUCAAACCAAAUUCAAGGAUAUGUCUUUGACUUCACCACAAAACAAGCAUUCGAUAUUUUAAUAAUGGUUCUAAUAUGGCUUAAUAUGGUAACCAUGAUGGUAGAAACUGAAGACCAGUCAGAAGAAAAAAAACAAGUUCUUUACUGGAUCAAUCUAGUAUUCGUUAUCAUCUUUACUGGAGAGUGUUUGUUGAAGAUGAUCGCGCUUCGCCAAUACUACUUCACAAAUGGUUGGAAUGUAUUUGACUUCAUCGUCGUCGUCCUGUCAAUCAUCGGAAUGUGUCUCUCGGAACUGAUAGAGAAGUAUUUUGUUUCGCCAACAUUGUUCAGAGUCAUCCGAUUGGCUCGCAUUGGCCGUGUGCUCCGCCUUAUUAAAAGUGCCAAAGGAAUUCGCACACUCUUGUUUGCCUUGAUGAUGUCACUUCCUGCCUUGUUCAACAUUGGUCUCUUGCUCUUUUUGGUGAUGUUUAUCUAUGCUAUCUUCGGCAUGUCAAACUUCGCUUACGUCAAGAAGGAAGCAGGCAUUGAUGACCUUUUCAAUUUUGAGACAUUUGCCAACAGCAUGAUCUGUUUGUUCCAGAUCACCACCUCAGCAGGGUGGGAUUGCCUUCUUGCGCCCAUUCUCAACAAACAUGAAGAUGAUUGUGACAAUUCCACAGAGCAUCCUGGCAGUGAUAUUAAGGGAGACUGUGGAAAUCCUCCUGUGGGCAUCGCCUUCUUUGUGAGCUACAUCAUCAUCUGUUUCCUGGUUGUGAUAAAUAUGUACAUUGCUGUUAUCCUGGAAAACUUCGGUGUGGCCACUGAGGAGAGCGCCGACCCACUAAGUGAGGAUGAUUUUGAAACGUUUUACGAGGUCUGGGAAAGGUUUGAUCCUCAUGCAACACAGUUCAUGGAGUACAAAAAGCUUUCAGAAUUUGCAGAUGCUCUGGACCCACCGUUACGUAUACCCAUGCCUAACAAGAUGGUACUGAUCUCUAUGGAUCUACCCAUGGUGAAUGGUGAACGCAUUCACUGCCUGGACAUUCUGUUUGCAUUCACAAAACGUGUUCUUGGUGAAGGUGGGGAGAUGGACAUCCUAAGGGGGCAGAUGGAGGAGCGCUUCAUGGCCUCCAAUCCUUCCAAAAGCUUUAUCUUUUGAUAUCUGCGCAGCUUGCUGGUUACGGCGGUAAAAGAUGUCCUUGUAGUCGUCCAUCCAGACCUCAGCCA